GCUCACCCAGAAGUCUGAAGCAUCCUUGUCUCGGUGCAUAAGAUCCUCAAAUGGAAUAGUGCAGUUUGCCACAAAGUCAUCAGGAGGGAUAGCCGCAUCGUGAAACACUGUUAUACCCAAGCUAAAAUAAGAUUUUCAAAGAAGGUAAAAAGGCAAAAGAAGAGCAAGAGUGCUUGAAAAGUAUAAAUUAUUAAAAAUAUAGAAAAAAGAUUGCCCAUCUCUGAAAAAAUCUAGACGAUAACGUCGAUAACACGCACACAUUGCGUCGUGUCGUGCGAUAUUUUCCAAUGAUGAACGCAGCACAUUUGAAAAAAAAACAUACAUUGACAUUUCUUCUUGUCAUUAAUGACAUCAAAUGACAUUUCCUGCUGAUGGAUGCCUGCUGUUUACUGUCAACAAAGAAAUGAAAAGUUUUUAGUAAUUACAAAGUGAAUUUAAUAAUUAAGACAUGGGAUUCUUAACUAUUUUGAAGAAGCUUCGUCAGAAGGAGAAAGAAAUGAGAAUACUUAUGUUAGGCCUAGAUAAUGCUGGUAAGACCACGAUAUUGAAGAGAUUCAACGGCGAGCCUAUCGACACGAUCUCCCCGACCCUGGGUUUCAACAUAAAAACACUGGAGCACAAAGGUUUCAAACUGAACAUCUGGGAUGUUGGUGGUCAGAAAUCUUUGAGGUCAUACUGGAAGAACUACUUCGAGAGCACAGACGGAGUAGCAUGGGUGGUGGACAGCGCGGACGCGCGCCGGCUGCCGGACUGCGGGCGCGAACUGCGCGCGCUACUGAGAGAGGAGCGGCUGGCGGGCGCCACGCUGCUCGUGCUGGCUAACAAGGCAGAUUUACCAGGGGCACUCACGCUGCAGGAGAUUAAGGAGGCUCUGGACCUGGACAGCAUAAAGACGCACCACUGGCGCAUCGUGCGGUGCUCCGCUGUGACGGGCGAGAACCUUCUGGAGGGCAUGGAUUGGAUGCUGGAUGACAUCGCCUCCAGGAUAUUCACUCUGGACUAACAUCUAACACCACUGCUAUGUGAACAAAUCUAUGUGUAUAUGAGACACAAACAUUGUGUUUGCUCUAAAUUGCAGGUGCUAGCUGGCCUUUAGACACCCCACAGACAACAGACUUUUUGUUUGGCCGAUAGUUUGUUCGGGCUGUAAACGACAUGUAAAAACGUAUGGUAUAGAUGUGCGGAUAUUACACCAAUUUGGUGUCGGCCGAUUGCCCUUACAAAUUGUAAGCCGACCAAUCUAGUCUGUAGUUUGUGGGGUGUCAUAAUUAUUCUUCUGUUGAAGUGGUUAGUCUUUUUAAUACCUACAAUCAUU